AUGGCCUCGGAGGCUUGCCCACCGUCCCCGCUCCUCGUGCGGGUGUCUGAGUCCGGGCCCAGGCUGCGCAGGAAGCUGGAGAGCUACUUCCAGAGCCGACGCUCGGGCGGGGGGGAGUGCACCGUGCGGGCCGUGGGCGACAGUGCCCCGGACACCUUCCGGGUGGAGUUCAGAGAAAGGGCAGCUAAGGAGAGUGUGUUGAAAAAAGGAAAGCACCAAAUUUUGGUUGAAGACAAUCCUGUGAGCAUUUUCUUGGAACCCACUGAAAAUCCAAUAGAGAAGAACAUGAGUCAGAGAAAUUCCCUGGUGACAUCGUCAGGAGCAGGCGCGCUGUCUGGUGGGAAGCAUCCCGAUGAAGGACAAACUCCUAACACCACGGAUUCCUGUGUGUCAAAGAUCUUUCUUGCUGCAACAGCUGAGCUGAACUGUAACCUGUUCUCCAAAGAGCUGAGGAAACAGAUAACCACUCUCUACCCCAAUGUCAAAACAAUGGAGGGUCUCAAUGGAAUGGAGACGGUGUGUGGUGACUUCAGAGAUAUUGAAAAAAUACAUCAGUUCUUGAGUGAGCAACUGCUGGAAAGCGAGCAGAUGUAUGAAUCUUCCCCUUUAACACCAGAGAAGGAGCCCCUCAGUCAGCAGGACCAGAACAGCUGCUCUUCUCCUGAGCAGCAGAGCAGGAAAGAAGAAAACAGCCACUGUUUUGAAGUUCCCUUGCCUUUCUUUGAAUACUUCAAAUAUACUUGUCCUGAUAAAAUGGAAUUCAUAGAGAAAAGAUUUGGUGUAAACAUCAAAAUUCAGGCGAGUUCUUUGAAUAUGGUCUAUUUAGACUUUACCUCAAGUCAUUUUGGCGACCUAGAAGCGGCUCGUGAGGCUUUUGUCCGUGAAUUUCAGAAGAGCACAGACUCUCUGAAGCAGGAGAGUGUCCUUUUAGCAGACUGUAAGCAGGCCAGUGAACUCAAACGGGCAUUAAACAAGCAGUUUAAAAAGCUCCUUAUAAAGGAGAGAGGAGGGGAAUUGACUGUCCUUGGGCCCCAAGACGAUGUUUCAGCCGCCAAACGUUUUCUUGCCCCCCAAAUCUCUGAAAGUCCUGUGAAGACACGUGUGGAAAUAUCGGCUCCCAAUGGCCUGAGGACUGGAAUUGAGGUUGACACUGCUCACUAUAAGCUGCUGGAAGCUGCAUUACAGCAGGAGAUACCAGCGAUAGAGACAAAGUACAACACUAACGUCAGGGCUUCUGGGAAAACUAAUGAUGCUCAGAAAACCUGCAUCCUGUUUGAACCCAAGGACAAGGAGGUUGAUCUGUCUGCACAUGCGUGUGUACAUUUCAUCGAUGCCUAUCAAUAUGUCUCAUGUCAGCUGAUGAGAGAAGUUCUUUCGCUGAAACUUUCGGGCAAGGACAGACAGCACUUACAUGGGGCUAAGUUCCAUGAUGACUUUAGAGAAAAGCAUCCAGAUACACACAUGGUGUUGACUCAAGAGUCAGUGCAUCUGACUGGUUUGCCAAGUCACCUUGCAAAGGCAAAGCAGUAUGUCUUAGGGAGGGAGGGAAUGCCUCUGUCAGCUGGACAGAGAUGGAAUGAGGACCAUGGGACACUCAUGGACAUUGAUAGUAAUGAUUCAGAAACAGCCUCACCUCCAGUCAAGGGCUCUACCAGUUCUGGGGCCUCAGAAGUGGACAAGAAGGAAGAGGACACAUGUGCCAUCUGUAUGGACACCAUUACUAACAAACACGUGCUACCAAAUUGCAAGCAUGAAUUCUGCACCCCUUGUAUCAAAAAAGCCAUGUCAUAUAAGCCAGUCUGUCCUGUGUGCCAGACCCACUACGGUGUUCUGAAAGGGAACCAGCCAGAUGGAACCAUGGAUGUCACUUGUUCACCAUUAAGACUUCCAGGUUAUGAAUCCUGUGGCACCAUUGUGAUUACUUACAAUAUGAGGGGAGGCUUACAAACAAAAGAUCACCCAAACCCAGGAAGGAGAUAUCCUGGAACUCAGCGAAUUGCAUACUUGCCUGAUAAUGUGGAAGGAAACGAGGUUUUGAGACUGCUUUGUAGGGCCUUUGAGCAAAAGCUGAUCUUCACAGUGGGGGAGUCUCGAACAUUUGGAGCCUCAGAUGUCAUUACAUGGAAUGAUAUCCACCACAAAACGUCCACAUCGGGGGGACCAAAAAUGUAUGGCUACCCUGAUCCUCAUUACCUGCGACGUGUCAAAGAGGAGCUGAAAGCUAAAGGAAUAGAAUAGGAAGAUUGCUGGAAGGAAGUCUUGACCCACCUUUCAAAAGAUAUUUGAGGAGGCAGAGUAAAUACCGAUGUAAAACAUUAAGUUACAAACACUGUUUUAAAAAUUUGAUCUCAAGAAGUGGUUUGUGUAAGAGUAAGAAACUGCUAGUCUGUCAUUUAUGGAGUGUUACUUCUUAUGGGGGAUCCCUGGCGGCACAGUGGUUAAGAGCUCGGCUGCUAACCAGAAGGUCGGUGUACCAGCCCCUUCUUGGAAACUUUGUGGGGCAGUUCUACUCUGUCCUAUAGGGUUGCUGUAAGUCGGAAUCCACUCGAUGGCAACGAGUUUACUUCCUAUGGAAAACAAAAGCCCCAAAGAUCUGUGUAAUUUUGCUGCAGAGAUGCCGUGCCUCAUUCUUAUGUCGGCCCUGAAGUGGGAGGAAGGUUGCUGUGGGUGUGAAGUCAUCGUCUGUACUCCUCGGUUAGACCUCUAGGUGUCAGUUGAUGGUCCUCUUUUCAUUGCCGUCUGUGGGGCGGUCCUUUAUGUUUUCCUUUCUCUUGAAUCUCUUCCUGUGAAAGUGAAAUCCUACUGUGAAAGGAUUGAAAACAAGGCUUGGGUUGUGGACAGUUAGAGACCCACAUCCCCUCCCUCCCCAUGGCAAGAGAAGUGGCCAGGAGCCGAGACUGGACAAGCUUUGUCAUAAAUGGAACAAGGCUACUAUUUUUAAUGACACAGAGCCUGGUAUACAGUUGAUGAUUAAUAAAUUUUUCUUGCAGACUCAGUUUGCUAGCAGCCCUGCAGAGGGAUAUAUGCUUCCCAAACCUUCAGCAGAGUCAGGCAGGAGUGAGAAAGCCAUUUCUGGAGUCCCCACCACUGAUUUGGAAAACUGAGUUUCUUACUCAGGAUCACUUGGUGUCUCAGCUUUGACCGAGACCCUAGCAGAUUCUUGCUCCCUGCCAAUCCCAGGUACUUGCCAUUCGGGGUGCACGUGCCCUGCCAUAGUGAUGCUACUCAUUUCUCAGCAUUUUUCCUUCUGUAUAUUAUUGCAUGUUUGUGUAUACCCCGCCUCUAGUUUUAACAGAUAAAUAACUUACUUUCGUUCCCAUAGCCUUCAUCUGCACAGUAACUGUAGCCCCCCAUUGUAGUUUUUCACCCCUUUACUAAGCCCCACCAAGUUACAUUUUUUCCAUUAAAUUCUUCCUUCCUGAUACUAUUUGUGGACAGAGAAAAGGCAGUGAGUUGAGCUUACUGUAAAAAAUAUGUGAAGUCAGAUUUUACUUUUAGAUGGUUCUCCAUUCCAGAAGAGAGUUAUCCUAGCAGAUUAUCUGGUUUUCCAUGUCUGUCUCCCUCCAAAACUGGUGAACUAAGAUAUCUUGUUCCUUUCCUAAAGGUACGCAUACCCACACGUAUGUUUUCAUCUUCAAGAUGAGCUAUGAAUAGCUAAUCUUUAGUGAACACUUGUUCUGUCCCCUUUAUAACAGCUUUCCAUCUGUGUGAUUUACGCAAAGGUAUUCCCAUGUGAUAAAUGAGAAGGUAGGCGCAGAGAGGGUAAGUAACUCGCAGAAGUCACAGAGGUAAUCAAUGGAAGUGCUGGGAUGUGAACCAGGUAGUCUGGCUCCAGGUCUUCUGCACCCCACAGCUAUACUGCCUCCCACAGGGGUACUUCUCUGAGGAGCAGCUUACAGGCUUCCCAUUAUUCUGGGCUCCUCUCAGAAAUGGAUUCCUGCACAGUGCUCAAAGCUGAUUUCCUCCAAGGAAGCCCUAUUUGAAAAACUGAAAACUUAGAAUCUUUUCCUUUGUCCAGAGAGUUGAGGAAGCUUAAAGUGAAUGAUAUGUCAUUAUUUUUCUUGCCUUUUUUUUUUUUUAAUCAGAUUAUACAUUUAGUUUUUGGUGAUUCAUUGAAGUCUUUCAACUUAUGAUUAAUAGGUUAUUUAGCACCCACAGAUCUUUUAGCUAAAUUUACUCCAAAAGUGCGAACAUUUGAGUCCUGCUAAGUUUUGAAUCUCUGAUUGCAAUGUGUGUGUAUAUGCAGGUGUUCAUGGCAUGAGUGGUUGUGAGCAUUUGGAUCACUGCUUUUGCUCUUUGGAAGGCGGUAUUAUCUGCAUCAGCUUUAAAUAAAGUGAAAUCCAUAUUAGUAACAGACUGUCUGUGUUCUUUCCUCACUCCUUUUCCCCCUUGGGUUGAGAUUCUGGGUGUUUUCAACAACAGGUAAAGUAUACCACGUGUGCGGACAUCUUUGGCUGAAUUUGUACACACGGUGUAGCUGUUUGCUGAGUAGUAU